CUGUGAUUUCACACUCAUUCUAUCGGGACACGUGAGUGGGAAGUAGGCGUGUGUCGAGGCAGAUGUUGCUGCGAGGAACGUGGUUAAAAGAGAGCUAGCAGUACAGUAUUUCCUAAUAGCCAAGAGGAGCCCAUCGAGGUGUUAAAUGAACUUCAACAAUGCGAAACGAAACAACACUUGAGGAAAUUCGCCAAAUUCUCCUGUCAUUAUUGGUGGCUCGGCCAGGUUCAACACCAGUUGCUCUUCUCGACAAUGAUUAUUAUGAGGCGGAAGGCAGACGAAUACCAUGGCGUGAUUUUGGUUUUGCCAGUGUGGUCGAGUUCUUGCAAAGCAUGCCACAAUACUUUUAUGUUGAACGGCGAGGCAACGUCAACUAUGUUCACGGUAUCGCUUCGGACAAGAGCAAGCACGUAAGUUCGUUGGUAUCGCGUCAGAGGAAGACCGUGAUAAAGCACGGUUCCUCCAAUCGUUAUCGACUUCCCUACGUCUCAUACAUACCACAUCAAAGGCCGAAGAUCCCGGCCGAGCAACUAAACGAUCUCAUGCAAUACGUGCGGAACUUUCCGGAAGGCGUCAACAUAAGGAAAGCCAUAAUGAUUUUGAAGAAUCAAUUGCCACAUAUCACACUGACCGAAAAUGAUGUACGACAUCAGUUGCGCGAACUAGGGCAUAAUCUGUAUCUCGACGGCGAUAUAAUUCGCCCGGUGUUGAAAAAUAGUUUCCUUCUCCAAGUGAAUACCUUGAGCCACAGUCAGUCUCCGUUACCGGCAUCGAAGCUAUCGAGCUCUAAAGUGCCUGAACCAUCGACCUCGAAGCUGCCAAACUACAAAACGUUUAAACCAUCAACCUUGAGGCUGCCGAGCUACAACACGUCUGAAUCGUCGACUUCGAAAGUUGUGUACACCGUCCCUGAAGAAUGUCCCAAUUUAGAAACGGACGAUGACUACGAUGAGGAGGGCGACUUCGUGCAAUCCAGCUCACAACAUCGUUUGAGGUGGCCGAAGGCGGACGAGCGCAUUGCGUUGAGUUUAAAGGAUCAUUAUAGUUAUGAACCGACGUUUAGUUACCACGAUUAUAAGAGAACGGAGAAUGAAAAAUAUGGUAACGAUGAUACUCAAUAUCCCAUGAAUUCGGAUAUGAUUGAACACGAGAAUAAUAACUUGGUGAAUUUAGUAAGCGACAAGGUACGAUCGCGACUGAAGCAAUUGAUGCAGAAGUAUCCGAACGGUAUCCGUUGUUGGGAACUGUCAGAAUUAUACAUGAAGGAAUACAAGAUGCCACUCAAUUACGCCGAUCUGGGUUUCAACAGUGUUCACGCCUAUGCUUGUUACUUGUCAGAUAUUUUCUAUGUGUCACAAAAAAGUACGAAUGACGAUUUUAUAUUGUAUAGCGUGGACAAGAAACCGAAUAAGGACGUGGCCGAAAGCAACAACCAGGAAACAUCUAGGAGUUAUGUUCAGAAGACAUCCAGAACAAAGCCGAUUAACAUACCAAACUCGAGGUGUGAGCUGCACAACAUGAACGAAAAUAAUACACCGGUUCCCUCAGAUCUUUCUCCCAGUAUGUUCGAUAAAUUUGUCCCCGAGAAUGUGAUAACGAAUUAUGAGGAUAUAAAGCAUAUACUGGUGACUGAUUUGCAAAAAGGCACGAAGCGUUAUCUGGAAGUUUACGUUGUGGAGAUAUUUACACCGUCUUUCUUUUGGGUACAUCUACGGCAAAACAAAAGGCACUUUGAGAUGUUCAUGGACGAUUUACACUCUUUUUACAACAAAAAUCACCAGUCUUACAGUAUUCCGAGAUUCGCGUUGAAGCGAGGUCUAAACUGUGCAUGUGUUUAUUCUGGAAAGUGGCACAGAGCAGUCAUCAAAACUGUAAAGCCGGACUUCAAAGUCACCGUACUGUUUUACGAUUACGGAACUCAGAAAACGUAUAUACCAGAGGAUUUAUACUACUUGCACAGUAACUUCUCCUAUUUGGCAGCACAAGCCAUACCAUGCGGUCUGUUCAAUGUCAAGCCGUACGUAGGAGAUCGUUGGAAAAAGAGUAUAACUGAUCGUUUCAUCGACAGGAUAUCGGAUAGUCUUUUGGCCGCAGAUAUAGUUUCGAUUGAUCCUCCGAAUAAUUCCAUGUUAAUCAUUCUAACCGACACGAGUGAAGAAGAGGAUGUACAUAUAAACGAUUGGCUAGUGCAAGAAAAUUUAGCGCGAUGUGGAAAAAUGGGCGACUUCGUCGACAUGGCGAGCUUAUCGAAAUACGUGGUAAACAGUAACAACGUGCUGCCGACAUAUUGCUACGCGGAGGAAAACCUGAUAGUGGACAGUUGCAACAAGUCCACGACCACGGAGGAGCUGAGCGAGACGCCCUUAGCCUCAUCCGGGCCAAGCUUUACAUAUCGCGAUAACAAUCAGCAUCCGUGCAGCUCUAGGCCGCCAGCUUUCCCGGCUGGCAGCGAGUACUUGGAUCAGUUCAGCAUACCAACGAAUCACCACUGCACCAAUGUAUAUUCGACUCUCGGGAGCGCCUCGAGCAUGAAGACGUCGUUUAGUGACUUGAUAGAGGAGAUGAUGAACAAUUUGCACCUGGAGGGAAAUCUGAAGCCACCUGCGACAAGCGCAAUGUCGGACUUUUAUGAUGAAAUGGGGAGACAGUUGUUGAUGCAAACCGCGCAGGAGAACAUGAGGUUGCAGAUAUACGUGAUCGGGUUGAUCUGCCAACUGCUCAAGAGGCCGCCGACGACCAAGAACCUAUUUGCCAAUUACAGCGCGACGUUAUCUCAAUUGAACAAUGGUCUUAAGCAGUUCGGCACGGAACUAGAAAGUAAAUUAGCAUCUAAUUCAUCCCGAAAUUGCGCGAACAACGUAGGUCCGUUGCCGAGGAUGUUUCAGUUCAAUCCAAACUGCGAGGACUUCGUGAAACAGGAAACCACAAGUUUAUCGAGAUCAUCACCGUCGGUGAGCUCCUCAACGAAUCCGUUGGGCGAGCAUCACAAGCAAUAUUCAAAUCACCAUGCGUUCCCUGCUCUUGACACAAAGGACUUCCCUUACAUGGCUCGUGUUCACAAUUUCGAACAGAUCCCGAGUCACGUUAGCGUCAGUUCGCACGAAACUGACGUGAACGGUCCGCAUAUUCAGCUACCUCCUGGGAUCUCCUGCGGCCCGGAGCCUCCGAUGUUCAAUAGUCUCACCAAAGAUAUUCACUCGUUUGUCAACCAACCGACUGAAAAUGUGGCUUCAACGACGACAGCUCCGACCAGCACCUCUAACAUGAAUCCGCUUAGUUACUCUCAUAAUGCAAACGAGUUCAGCAAUGCAUACUUGCAACACGGAAACACUUGGAAGAAUAGAGAUCCGAUGCAAUGGAAGGAGACAAAUCCGUUCAGAUAUUCUGUUGCGGACGUUGAGGCGCAGAUUCCGGUGACACAAAGUGAGAAGACCAACUACGACGUGGCGAAUCUUUCAUCGUAUCAGUCCGAUAUCAUUCUGCAGAGCCACGUUCCAGUAGCGGAUACAAAUACGAAUGCUCACAUGAUGAGUUCUAAUAUUUCCGGGAUGUACGAGAAUACUGCGAGGAGCAAACCGAACAUUGCACCUACGGUGUGCAACGUCAACAUGAAUAAUGGUAGCGAUUACAUGCCGAAAAUUGUCUACGAGGCCGGUCCGGUGAUGUACAACUUGCAGAAGAAACCAGAGAAACCACAGUUGUCUUCGCAGUUGGUCAAAUAAUUGCAAGGCAACAUUGUCAGCAACGAUGUCGAUCACGUUCCACCUUUAACUGCUUCAGUCGCAUUAAACGACGAAGGUAACGUUACGUCGAUGGCCCAUACUCAAAAUUUAUCAUCGACGUUAAACAAAGAGAACUCUCAUCGAUCGGACAUCGAUUUAAGUAUAUUACCUCGUCACGCCUUGCCGGAAGCUUGGAGUAGUUCAAUGCUCCAAAACAACGAUCCAAUACAGGGUCAUUGCAACAGUUCCGUUACACCUACUGUAAGCCAGCCGGCCAUGUUGCCGAAAAAAGAGUUGUAUUGCACGACUGAUAAAUUUGGAACCGGAGAGUUGUGCAGAAUGUUCAAAUCAAAUCAUGCCAUUUUAUUUUACGACAAUGAGAGGCCGAUAAUGCCCAUGAAUUUGCGGAGCCCAUCUCUCAACAUGGACCAAAACAGGACAAUGAAACCUUGCGACUACACCGUGCCAUUGAAUAAGUCUUUUCUGUUCCAACGAAUCAAUUCUGUUAAGGGAGUAGCAAUUUUAUUUCACAUGAAUGAAGACGGUUGGAUGUUGAUACACGAAUUUGUGGAAGCUUUCACCAAAUUCAGCAGAUGCUCCCAUCUGGUAGCGUUAUUGGACAAUGUAGCAAUUUCGCUUAAAGAAAUUCGCAGAUCUGAUUAUUCGGUAAAGUUCUUACAACUGGACAGUUAUCCUUUAAAAGUUACCAGAGAUUCUGAGAAUCGCAUUAUCUCCAUUAAUUUGAUUUCCUUGCAAGCUGCGUUAGGAUUAUUUUGUAAGUUGAAAAUAGUAUCGUGCGAGGAGAUAGAAAGUACUUCCAGGAGGACCGAAAUGCCUAUAGAAAAUCCUGCUAUGUACAAUAUGUGGACAUUGAUUAUCUCGUACAAGGACUUCAAGCAUUGCAUCGAACAAUAUAGCGCAAAUUAUGGUAUAUAAGUUUUCAAAAAUUAAGUGACACAUCGAAGUGCAAAUAGAUUUUAUUAAGAUCAAAACUACUUGCUAAUUCAUCUAAUCUAUAAACAUUGUUUUUGCAAAUAUAUACAAUGGUGUUUGCAAAGUGAUGACAUAUAAUUAUUUUUUUACAUGGAUUUAACGAUCAUAAAGUACAAACGGCAAGUGAGAUAAUUAUUUUAUAUCUAAGUCACUUAAAAUUUUCGAUAAUAUCUAUAUGUGCUACGUAUCAUAACGUAAUAAUUUAGAACUUAUAUGUAAUUACAAGUGACCAAGUCUUCUAUAUAAGAAUAGCUUUAUUUCCAUUAUUAUUUCAUUUCUUAUUCUAUUAAAAUAUUUGAUAUAGAAUUCGAGUAGAUUUAGCCAUUGCUAACUUGGAUCUGAUACUAUUAAGUGUAUAUAUUUUUGUACGAACUUAUUUAAGGGUAACUGUAAACUAAUGUGAGAUUAUGCUAUGUAUCAUAGUGACGUAAUAAUUUAGUAUUCGUCGUAUAUAAUUAUAAAUUACUAAGUUUUUAGCAUGAACGAAUAACGUGAAUUUAUUAUUUAAUUAGUUUUUUUAGUAAUUUAAUUAAUAGAAUUAUGUUUCAUUAUUAUCUCAUUACUCAUUUUAUUAAAGGACUCAAUGAAGAAUAUUGAUUUAACUAUUGACAAGUUUGAUCUGGUACCAUUAAAUACAUAUAUAUAAAUUUUAUAUGAAAUGAUUUACAGCCAACUAAUGUAAGAUUAUCCUAUAUAUCAUAGUGACAUAAUAAUUUAAUACUUAUCCUAUAUGGAUGAUAAAAUUUAUA